AUGGAACCGGAGAAACACGAGCCACUGAGGCUCUAUCAAGUUUGGAGAGGAAGCAAUAGGUUCUUCUUUGGAGGGAGAUUGGUUUUUGGUCCAGAUGUAUCUUCUUUGUUUUUGUCAGCUUUCUUGAUCGCUGCCCCUGCGCUUGCAUUUUGUAUAAAGGUCGUAUUUAUCAUCAGACAUCGCGUUAAAGAAGACAAAUCUGUCGUUUCAUGGUAUCCCGUGCUUAUAGUAGCGCUUGCACUCACCAUUUUGGAUGUAGCCUUCCUUGUCCUAACAUCUUGCAGAGACCCUGGGAUUGUGCCAAGGAACACGAAGCCUCCCGAAUGUGAUGAUUCAUUCGAGAUGAAUACCCCUUCAAUGGAGUGGGUGAAUGGCCGAACACCUCAUCUCAAACUUCCCCGGACAAAGGAUGUUGUUGUCAAUGGACACGCGGUGAAGGUGAAAUUCUGCGACACGUGCUUGCUGUACCGCCCCCCUCGCGCAUCACAUUGCUCCAUCUGCAAUAACAGUGUCCAAAGAUUCGACCACCACUGCCCGUGGGUUGGGCAAUGCAUUGGUUUACGCAACUAUAGGUACUUCUACAUGUUCGUGUCAACGUCAACCGUCCUAUGCUUGUUUGUGUUUGUGGUGUCGUUGAUCAACAUUGUCCGAGCAGAUGACCAUCUCUUGAAAGCCAUGUCGGGUGAUGUUCUAUCAGUGUUUCUGAUACUCUACUGCUUCGUCGCUGUCUGGUUUGUUGGUGGCCUUACCGUUUUCCACUUCUACCUCAUCAGCACAAACCAGACGACGUAUGAGAACUUCAGGUAUCGCUACGACAAGAAGGAGAAUCCAUACAACAAAGGGAUGAUCAAGAAUUUCCAAGAAGUCUUCUUCUCCAGAAUCCCAUCAUCAAUGCUUGAUUUUCGAGCAUUUGUUGAAGACGAUGAGCUGAUGAUGACUGUAGCACCCACAGACGACGAUCCUGCUGAAGACAUCACGAGCUCAAAGGAGAAAAUCGACAUUGAAAUGGGAAACAAUAUCGGAGAGGAAAAGAGCAUUACACUUCCUGAGAUUCUGCUAAGCAUAGACUAUGGUGGCAUUCAUGACAACCUUAAGCACAAGGUGAUUGAGAGAGAAACAGCUUCCGAUUCAGACAACUUCGUCGUUCCUGUUGAUAACAAAGUUAAGGAAACCACAGCUGCCCCUACGAUUGAUGCUGAGGAGAAACACGAUGACAUGAAAUCUCAACAGAACACAACAUUGGACUGA